GGCGUGUGAAAGCGCAUGCGCAAAUCGAAACAAUUUACUAUUUCCCAGACGUAGCUCACAAGUGAGACAUCAACAAGCGUGAGGUGUUUCUGGUGCUCUAUUUGUUUGUUAAAUGAGUUACAACUGUAUUUACUAUUAUUUUUCAAGUUCACUAACUGCUUUUACAUCUAAACAAGAUCGAUACUUACUGGAAGCGUCACACAACUAUAUUUACACAAGUUACGCUUUUCCCUUGAAGAAACAUGUUUGGUUUCCACAAACCGAAGAUGUACAGGAGCAUUGACGGCUGCUGCAUCUGCCGAGCCAAGUCCUCCAGCUCGCGCUUCACUGACAGCACGCGCUACGAGAAGGACUUCCCAAGCUGUUUCGGAUUGUGUGAAACUCGAUCUGGAGACAUUUGCAACGCCUGUGUUCUCUUGGUGAAACGAUGGAAAAAACUCCCCGUGGGCUCCAAGAAGAACUGGAACCAUGUGGUGGACGCAAGGGGUGGAUCGAGCUUAAAGACGACGGUGAGGCCAAAGAAGUCAAAGUCACUGUCCAGGAGAAUGAGACCAAGCCAGACCAGCGGCGUUCUGAAGAGACACAACUCGGACGCUCACAGCACUUCUAGCGCUUCCCCUGCUCAGUCUCCCAGCUACAGCAACCAAUCCGAUGAGGGUUCUGACAACGAGCUUAACCCAGGAACUGGCCAAUCUCCUGUCUUCUCUUUCCUGGAUCUCACCUACUGGAAGAGGCAGAAGGUAUGCUGCGGUGUCAUAUAUAAGGGCAGGUAUGGGGAGGUGCUGAUUCACCCCCACCUGUAUAAACCCUGCUGCCAAAAACAGCAGCAGGCUCGACAGGAGCAGGAGGAAGAGCACGCGGGAGAAGAGGAGGAGGAGGAGGAGGAAGAGGAAGAGGAGGUAGCCCAAGGGAGCAAAGAGAGUCUUCAGCCUCAGGUGGUGCAGUCACCUCCAAAAGCCAAAGAAGAGGAUGAGGAAGAGGAGGAUGAGGAGGAGGAGGAGGAAGAGUGGUGACCUCACACACUUGUGUGCACGUGUGCACACUUGCGCACGGAACUCCACCGGCACUCUAGAUCACCUUGGAGAUGGUGGUCAGAGUUUUGUUUUGUAUUGAAGUGGCCUCUGGUUGCCGUGGUUUCUGUCUAUUCCUUGAUUAUGGGAUAGCUCCUGCUGUGUUCUAACCUGCAGCCUGACUUUUGGCCUACACAAUACCAGGAUUUUCUUCUCUUUUAACAUGAAAUGCUGGAUCUCUGACCAAGCAACCGGGCACUGUGUGUGUGUGUGUGUGUGUGUGUGGGUGUGUGUGUCUGUGAGAGAGAGUGACUGACUGACCCUGUGUGUCUGUGUGUGUGUGUGUGUGUGUGUGUGUGUGUGUGUGUGUGUGUGUGUGUGUGUCUGUGAGAGAGAGUGACUGACUGACCGUGUGUGUCUGUGUGUGUGUGUGUGUGUGUGUGUGUCUGUGAGAGAGAGUGACUGACUGACCCUGUGUGUCUGUGUGUGUGUGUGUGUGUGUGUGUGUGUGUGUGUGUGUGUGUGUGUCUGUGAGAGAGAGUGACUGACUGACUGUGUGUGUGUGUGUGUGUGUGAGAGAGUGACUGACUGACUGUGUGUGUGUCUGUGUGUGUGUGUGUGUGAGUGUGAGAGAGACGUGUGGAAUCAUGCACACACACACUCACCUGUGCUGCACAGGACUGAGCCAUGAACCUCACCAGCCUUCUCACCAGCCGCUACUGCUAGCCUUUGCCUGGGACUUCCUCCUUCCUGUACACCACUGUGUAGAGUUCUCCUAAAAGUACACGCGCGCACACACAGGAGAUACACCAGCCUUAUUCGUGUUUCUCAGUUAUUUAAGGGUUUUACUCCAUUUACCGUGGAGAAAUAGGCGAAUCUCCAGGUGUGCUCCAGUACAGUGUUUUAUUCUGGCCUUGAAAAGGUAAAAGGGUGUUAACUGUCUGCAUGAACGCAAAGUAGGUUUUUCUCCAAAGGAUUCCCCUGGUUAUUUGCAUGAGUUGGACAUAUUGCAUGGCCAUAGAAAGAGCUUUGAGCUCCAGUUAUAUUCAGACCUUCCUUCUGUGCAGCUCUAUAUACUGUAUUUAAAAGAAAAGAUGAUUGCUAUUUAAAAAUGUUGUCCUUUCCAGUGUAUUGAACUACUACAGUAAUUAACUCAUUCUUGGUUGGCUGUAGUUUGUAAAUAGCAUUGUUUUGGGUAGAGGUGUUUCACACCUGAGUGUUUCUGCUGCUCUGAGAACAUUCUAGAACUGGAACUUAAUUGGACCUCUUCCUUGUAUGUGUAGAAACCGAUUAGGUAUUAGCCCCUCCCAACCCCCAGUUACUAAUUACUAUACUGUAUGCUCCCCAUGUCCAAACACUUUUCCUGUGAACGUAGAGAACUGCUAAGCACCAGCCUCUACCCACCACAGUUAAAAGCAUGAAAAAAAGCUUAGUGCAAAGUUUGAUGGUGAAUCUUGUCGUAUACUUACGCUCUCAGAAAAUGUCUUGUGUGUUUGUCAGGGUUUUACUUUUAUUUUCUGUGCAGGUUCUUGUCCUCCUGGAUUUAUUAUAGUCUGCUGUGGAGCAGCUGGGCGCAGUGUUAUUUGUAGCCACAAGGUGGAGCGUUUCGGCGUCACUGUUCUUCCAAUAACCCUUUGGGAUUUUUAGAGACAAUUAUAAUUUUGUAGUUAAAAA